CAAGACAUGGAAAUUAGUAUAUUGGAUAUCUCUUAUUUGCUUUUACAAAAACAAAAAAUGGUAAGUAUUAGUAUGUAUUAGUUGUAUUGUUGCAUUGCAUGUUGUUAAUUGGGCAACCAUUGUGACAUUCAAAAUAUUUUGUUUGUCAUGUUUUCAUAUUUUAUUGGAUUAUAUUUAUCCGCAGUCUUACUUUUCAGUUUUUUCCGUAGUAUGCAUACCAUAAUAUUUUUACAUUACUCACGAGCACCCUUAUCUUUGAGGUGGUAGAUUUUCUCAUAUGUGAAUGAGAUUCUCACUAUUGAAGAGAGUAUUUAACACGAAAACCAUAAUUUUAUUGGGUUAAUACCAUAGUUUGGCCCGAAGUUUAGCGUUAGUGACAGUUCUGGCCCCAUUUUUCAAAUAAGACAUUUGUGGCCUACUUUAGAAAUUAUUGGACAAAUUUGGCCCGAGAGACGGUUUGACUGUCAGAAUUAACGGUCAACUAUUUUUCCAUCACUGACUCAGCAUUUGCCACUGACUGGGCUUGUCCACAUCAUUUAAAAUUAAAUAAAAUAAAACAAAUAAUAAUAACAAAUGAAAAUACUGAAUUACAGAGAAGGGGUCACGUUGACCACUAGAUCUUCCCCUUAUUCACUCCAUCGUUUCUCCUUCCCCCAGUCGUUCCCGAGCGGCCGACGAUUCUUCCGCCUCUCCUUCUUCUUCGCCAGCUCCAAUCAUCACCGCCCUCCCCUUGGGGUCAACCGCCAAGUACUGACCAGGAACUAUCCUCCUGCAUCUGGACUUCCCAAAUGUCUCCGGGUGAACUUUAUCAAACACACUCUUCUCCUUGUCGUACUUCAAAAUCACAAUCCACCCGGAAUCGGAACUAGCGACAAUUUAAUCCUUCUGAGAUCCAGUAAGUCUGAAUUGAGCCAAAGAGCGAAUAGCACCGAAUAUUUCGAUGAAAAGAAUGAUUUGGAGCCUACCGAUGUCGUCGGGACGGAGGAGAUCGAGAAGCUUUCCCCGCGCAAUGACGAUCUCUUGGAACUUCCUGCCAGAGAAGCUUUCGUUAAUGGCGGCCACCACACCGAUGGGUCGCUGAGGUGUUAAUCAGUGGGCAAGUGGAAGAAAAUGGGAGGGGUGGGUUUUGAUUUGCUCGGUCGCAGAAAGCAAGGCAGGGCUAGCAGCGACGGGGAAAAUGGGAGUUGGAGGUGGCGGCGGGUGAAAGUGGGAGGUGGAGGUGGUCGCAGGGAUGGGUGGGUGGUAGGGUUGAAAAUGGAAUGGGGGAUUAAGUGGGCUCCAAAUUAAUUUACUUGUUUUUCCAUGUUUUUUUUUUCAUUUUAACAUAAAAAAAUUAUGUGCAAAUGAUGUGGCAGCCAUGUUAGUGCCACCUCAGCACUGAAUGCUGAGUAACUAACAGAAUAAAUGUUUGACCGUCAG